AUGCCUCAUCCCAUAGCAGCUGAAGGCGCUCAAGUCAUGCCAGUGGACGAAGGGUCUCAAAAUCAAGCCCUGACCGUCUACCAAUCCAGCCUGGACAAAGAAUUUGACAUAGAUCCACGAGACGACACCUCCGACAGAGGCCCGAAACCCAUGGAAGAGAUUGCCCAACUUGAAUUCGGACCUAAACCAGGAGCAUGCCCCAAAGACGUGUACCCUUUCCCCAGCAUCGACAGGUUGGUUGAUGGAGCAUUUGGGUUCCAGGUGUUAAGCUUCUUAGACGCCUACUUCGGAUACAAUCAGAUUAGAAUGCAUCCUCCAGACAAGGAGUAA